AUCCAUCAACGGCAAACUGUCAGAAUUUAACCAUUUGCUUAACAUUGUCCCAUAGGAAGACCUAGACUUUUGUGGGUAAACGAUAUAAAGAAAAGAAAGAAGACUCUGUCAUUUCCUGGAAAGUGUGAGGCUAAUCUCCAGUCGUUGCCUUUGUUAAAUCUCAUUGUCGUUUAAUACUAGGAUACCAACGCUCCCUUUGUGUAUUUUCCUCUCUUCUUCCUCAAUCUCAAAAUCCAUCCUCUUACAUGGCUUUUUCCUCUUCUUCUCGGCCAAUGAAUCAUCAAGUUUUCUUGAGCUUUAGAGGUGAAGACGUGCGCCUUAACUUCGCCUCUCAUCUUCUCGAAGCUUUGAAAGACACCGGAGUGAAUGUCUUCUUCGAUGAAGAAAAACUGGAAAAAGGGGAGCAACUUUCACAAGCUCUUUCUCGAGCUAUUGCGGCUUCAAAUCUUUCAAUCAUCAUUUUGUCUGUAAACUAUGCUUCCUCAAAAUCAUGCCUCGCUGAACUUUCUGACAUCAUGGACCGCAAGCACACACAAGGACAUAUUGUUCUUCCCAUCUUUUACCAUGUUGAUCCUUCCGAUGUGAGAAAUAUUGGUGGGGGUUUUACCACAUCCUUUGAAGAGCAUGAAUCGAAGAGAUCUGUUGAUGAAGUGAAGCGAUGGAAAGCAGCCUUUGCUGAAGUUGGUAAACUAAAAGGGUGGCAUAUAGAAGGAGGCAAAUUCGACAGGCCUGAAUUCGAGUACAUUAAAGAUAUUGUUGAUACGCUAAAAAAGAAGUUGACGAAUAGCGAGUCUAAAAGUGCUUCUGAAGAAUUUGUUGGAAAAGAUGAUCAAUGAAAGACUAAUUUGAGGUCGACUGGGGAAGAAGACAAUUAUGUAAUAAGAUGAUUUUGAGGCUGGUUGAUGAAGAAGACAUUUGUUUGUUAGUUUUAUGUUGUCUUUGGGUUUGUCCUUGUUAAUUGUUGAAUGGUGUCUCCCUGAAUAAGUUCGUAGGCGAUUGAACUCGAAAAUUAGGAUUAACAAUGUAUGAUGCACAAAUUCUUGCAUGAUUGUGCUUUGCUUGUUGAUUCUUGAAAGACUUUUAUAUGCUUACGUUAAACUUAAUCUAUUUACAAGAUUAUGGUAGAA